GUGGUGGCAGCGGCGGCGGCGGCUUCUACAGUAAUGGACAAAGUGCUAUGAGCGGUUCUGGUCGAGGAGGUAAAGGAUAUCUUCAAGGAGGAAAGGGUGGAAAUGGUAAGGGUGGAAAUGGUAAGGGUGGGUUUGGAGGUGGCGGUAGUUUACGUGCAGGUAACCGUGGAGCUGGAGGCGGUGGAGGUUACUCUGGAGGAAAUGGUGGAGCUAAUGAACAGUUUUCUUGUGGAGGAGGGGGUGGAUCUUUUAACAAUGGGUCAAAUCAGCAGAAUGAAUGUUUUUUUAAUAGGUAUGGACAUGGUAGAGUGAUCAUCACGUUUCUUCAGUGA